AUGGUGGUGGCAUUCAACCCUGUAUCCUCGCUGUCUCCUUCUGAUUCUGGCUACAACGCUGCACCAUCUCUGGAUGACAGAGUCCAUGUUCUGGUUUGCGUCUGUUCUGGAAACACAGCAAAUAUUUCAGACUCCGUUUUACAGAAGAUGAGGGAGAUCAGAGAAGCAGCCAGCGACCUGGAUAUUCCCCAACUGCUUAUUGUAACCAAACUUGAUGAAGCCUGUCCUGAAACUGAAAGGGACCUGCAGAACAUUUACAAGAGCAAGUUUGUAAAGAAAAAGUUGACACAGCUCAGCUCUGAACUGGGGAUUCCACUCAACUGCAUCCUUCCUGUGAAGAACUACAGCCAAGAAACCAGCCAGGAUGCAGAUGUUGAUGCUCUGAUCCUAAAUGCACUGAGACUGAUUCUUGACUUUGGAAAUGACUUCAUUGAGAAAUUGUAA